CUAGCAUUCUCAACUGGUAUUCAUUGGAAUAUUAAAUCUCUAUAUAAAGCGAGAAACGGUAUUUCGGGUCCAAAACCGCAUUUGAUUUUCGGUAAUCUUUUCGAUAUUAAGGGAAUGUCAUCAUUGAAACAAAAACAAUAUUUGAUCGGAAAAUACGGUAAAAUUGUCGGUUUAUAUUACGGUUGCCGACCGGCAGUACAGGUAGUGGACCCGGAGCUCUGCAAACACAUUCAAGUCAAACACUUCCAGUAUUUUGUCGAUCGACCCCAUAGUCUAUCCGCAGUCUUUCAUCCGGCAAUGAAAGGCUCAAUACAACUGAGUCGCGGUCAGCGCUGGAAAGACAUCCGAUCGGUACAGACGCCGGCGUUCAGUACAUCCAAACUGAAACAAAUGUUUAAAUCGAUUGACGGGUCGAUCGAUACUUUUCUGGAUAUUUUGGCCAAAAAACAACAACAAAACAUAUCCGACACCAACAACAACAAUACAAACGAUUUCAAUAUCUAUGCUAUGUUUGAACUGUUGGCCGCCGAUAUUAUCGGUCGGACAUGUUUCGGCUACGAAACCAAUGUCCAGACAAUGACGGCGGACAAUAAAUAUCAUUUGUCUAACGCUCGGCCAUCGCCUAAAUGGUUAAGAUAUGUUGGCUAUUGUUUCCCUUCAAUGAGUCCAUUGGUCAAUAAGUUUUGCGAUUUAGUUGAUCUAAUCAAACAUCGGUUGAAUCUUCAGCCAACCGGUCGACUAUUGGAUAUGAGUCAAGAUUUUAUGGAUUUUAAAUUGAGAUCAAAUUCAAAUCAAAAACGUAAAGAUUUAUUACAAUUAAUGUUAGACACUGUUAACAGUCAAACAGGUAUUGACAGGAAUUAUAGCAAAAAUAAACAGUCAAUCAGUUUAUCCGAAUCAGAAAUUCGGGCCAAUUGUGGAUUCAAUUAUUUAGCCGGUUCUCGGACUACGGGUUCAACACUCGGGUUUGUUGCGCACAUACUGGUCAACCAUCCGGAUGUUCAGGAAAGGGUUCGGCAGGAAGUCCGGGAAUUGUAUGAAACUGAUGGUCGACUCGAUUAUAAUACGGUUACCAAACUCGAGUACAUGGAGUGUGUAAUCAAUGAGACGAUGCGUUUGUAUCCGUCGUCUAUAGAUUUCGCGGCCCGAGAAACCAUCGCCGACUACAAGUACUCCAACAAUAUAACUAUACCGAAAGGUACGGCCAUACAGUUUGCCACCUAUUAUAUGCAUCGCGAUCCAGACUAUUGGCCCGAACCGGAAAAGUUUGAUCCCGAAAGGUUCAGUUCAGGUGGUAGUCGUCGGCAUGAAUGGCAUCCGUACGCUUGGCAACCGUUUGGCAGCGGACCGCGUAAUUGUCCUGGCGUUAGGUUAGCCUAUUUUAUGAUGAAACUAUGUUUGGCCAAAUUGUUGAUCAAUUACCGACUGGAACCGGGACCGCGAACCGAAUUGGGAGACAUUGACUUAGAGACUAAAAUAAUUUUAAUGUUUCCCAAAAACGGAGUGUUUGUUAAAGUAGUCAAAAUUUAG